AUGUCCGCGGGCAAUAUCCAACGUGACCCAGGACCCGAGCUCCAAGAUGCCCCUGCGAAUCAUGGAGAUCCUCACGAGUCCUUGCCAUGCACGAUGCUCAUUCGAGCAAAGCUUGCUCCAAGAAAAGAGGACGUUGCUGCGAAUCGUAACUGA